ACCAAUAAUCGAGAAUUUUCGCGGGACAAAACAAAAUGGCGUGUACAGCAGACGAAGAAGCGCAUCUCAGGCAAAAGGCAGAACAGGGCCUUAAGAAUUCAACCUCUCCUAUACAGAAGCUUCGAUAUGCAUGUCUAAUGCGCGGGGCAAAUGGAAUCAAAGGAUUGGGCAGAAGUUUCCGUAUCAUGGAUGAUGACGGAAGUAAGACGUUGGACAUGCGGGAGUUCCGGGACGGUCUCCGUGACUACGGUCUCCGGGAACUGGACGAGCAGACGAUAGCUGACGUGUUCAGAGAGCUGGACAGGGACGGAAGCGGGAAGCUCAACUACGACGAGUUUCUGGUGGCAAUUAGAGGUCCCAUUAACAAAACCCGCGAGGAGUAUGUACGGAAAGCUUUCCAGAAGAUGGACGCCACUGGAGACGGCCAAAUCACGGUGGACGACAUCCGGAAGUUGUACGACGCGAGUCAACAUCCCAAGUUCCAGAGCGGCGAAUGGACGGCCGACCAGUGCUUUCGGCACUUCCUGGACUCCUUCGACACACCCGGUGACCCCGAUGGAGUGGUAACUUGGGAUGAAUUUUUGAAUUACUACACGGGAGUCAGCGCGUCCAUCGACGACGAUAACUACUUUUGUACCAUGAUGAAGCGAGCCUGGCGGAUGUAGCACGUUGUCAUGGCGACAUUGACCAUAUUUAUCCAUAGAUUUACUUAGCAGCGUGAAAGCGACCCGCGGGGAUGAAAUCUUAUACAUUUGUAACAAUCAAUAGAUUACCUCUAUAUAUAUUCAUAUAUUGCCAUUGUUGUUUUCCUAUUAUAUAUAGUACGUUGACUCUUUGACCAAUGUUAUCAUUAUACAUCUAUUAAUACAUUUUUUGUAUACUAUUAACAUUUUGUAUUAAUGUUGAUCUUUGAAUUAAAAUGCAUUUCCUUUAAAACGCAA